CUUGAGCACGUCAGAGACUUGUGGAGCUGUCCCCGGCCUGGCCAGUAGCUCCUGUCCGGCUAGUGCUGGGUGCUGUGCUGGAGACAGAAGGAGCCUGUGAGGUGCUAGAUUACAUAAAAAAAUAAUAAUAAUUGGAUCUUAAAACCAGAGAAGAACAAUGGCCGCAAUAAUAGCCGAGAACUUUAAAUUCUUAGCUCUGUUUUUCAAGAGCAAAGAUGUGAUGAUAUUUAAUGGACUGAUUGCGCUGGGAACCGUGGGCAGUCAGGAGUUGUUUUCAGUGGUGGCGUUCCACUGCCCUUGUUCUCCAGGGAGGAACUAUAUGUAUGGAUUGGCCGCAAUUGGAGUCCCAGCGCUUGUCUUAUUUCUCAUUGGGAUAAUGUUAAACAACCACACGUGGAAUCUAGUAGCAGAGUGCCGAAAAAGGGCGAUGAAGAACUGUUCUGCUCCAGCUACUUUCUUACUGUUUGGGUCUAUCAUUGGGAGAGCGAUCGUAGCCCCAGUGACAUGGUCGGUAAUUUCACUGCUCCGCGGAGAAGCAUACGUGUGCGCCCGGAGCGAAUUCCUCAAUCCUUCCAUGUUUCCAAACUUCCCUGCUGGCUACGGACCUGAAACAAUGGCUAAAUUUUCCUGUAAAGACACGCCGAUUGAGGUUCUGGCAUUUAAAGAAGAAGUUAUCAGGAGAUUAAAGUAUGAAUCACAGUUUCUUGGUUGGAUCCUAAUUGCGGUAGUUGCUUCAACUAUAUUUUUAGUAAAGUGCCUUCAGCAUUGCUGUUCUCCUCUGAGCUACCAUCAGCAGGCAUAUUGGGACCAGUACCGCUACUCUGAGAAAGAUCUCUUCAGCCGCACUGCCGGAGUCCAUGCAAAGAUCCUUGCCGCUAGCAAUGUUAAGCAGUUUUUUGGCUUUGUGGCUUUGGACAAAGAGGAGAAGGAAUUGGUGCAAGAAUAUGCUGUGGAUGAGGCCCAGCCAAGCCCUCAAUGGAAUGAAAUAACCGGGGUGUAUCUGUACCGGGAGAACAAAGGCUUUCCUUUGUACAGUCGUCUCCAUAAAUGGGCCAAAAAGGUGAUUGGGAAUGGCACCGAUGCGGGAAGUCGAGAAAUGGCGCUGCUUGCAGUGUGAGGCUAUAGACAUGUUUUUAUAGCUGUAAGAGUGGGAGAGCACAGCAAAGUUUAUAUCCUGUGGGCUAAAAACAAUUAAUCUGCUCCUUAUUUUAUGGUUAUAUUGCCCAUAAUAUACCAUAUGGUGGAUGAUGUACACUGGAGCGCUUAUGGUUCAAAACAAGAAGAAACUAAAGAGAUGGAGCCUUGCUUAUCUAGCCCCACCUCCAUAUGUCAUGUCUUGCCCAAAGUGGCAUGGACCUGGAUGCUGACCCUAAUAUUGAUCACCUGGAGAAUCUUCAGGGAUGGAGAUAUAUGAGGAAUUUAUUACUGCAGAUGAGGAAGCUUCCUGUUGGCUGCCACAUUCUUUGUUAGUAAAAGCUGCUAUUAAUGUCAAGCGAAGUAGCAGCCAAUAGGAAGCUUCCUAAUCUGCAAUAAUAAAUUUCUCCUGACUCCUCCCCAGACCACGCCCGCCCUUUUUGGCAUAUUAUGGUCUGAAAAAUAUGUUACAGUAUGUGUUUGAAACAGCCUGUUGUACAGGUUCCCCACGUUUACUGCAUCAUGUCAGUUUUAUCCUAUUACUGUUACUUGGCAUAUCCACUCUGUAGUGCCCUGUACAUUUUGGAAACGUAUACAUCAUGUGCCUUUAAAAGUAUUUUUUUCCUUUUUAUGCAUGUGGUGACAAAAUACGGGUGAGAAUUCAAUGACUUGUACCUUUUAUUAACUUUUUAUUUUUAUUGUAAUGAAUGCUGUCCAUAUACUUUUACAAGUCUUUUGCUGCUGGCAGGGCCCUCAAGCAUUAUUCUUAAAAGCACGAGUUUGUGCCAGUUAGCAUUGCAGCUGGCAGUGUGGUUCAGGUGCUGCAAUGCCGGCCAGUUUCAUAAACUUCUCUAAAGCAGGUAGAUGUUGAAGGUAAGUAUUUCGCACAAGCAAAGUAUUGUAUGUCCUAGUCAUGAGAUAACGUGCCUACUUACAUCUCAGGAACUGUUAAUAGUAACUUAAUAAGAAUCACGUUAUUGAUGCUUGUAACCAUUUUUAAAUAAAUAUUUCAUAUUUUUUACAACUUACGUUUUGUUCACUUUCACUAGCUUCAAAUGUUCUUCCUAUUGGCUGUCAGCUCAGGGUUUUGCUGUUGCAUGCUGAUCUCAUGGAUUCACCCUCAUGGUUAUCUGACAAUGGCAGAACAUGUAUAGCAGAGAACUCUCACUGAUGAAUCAUAUUAUUUAAAGGGAGUUGUUGUUGUGGGAGUUGUCAGCUGUCAGGAUCCUGCCGACCAGGAUUCUGACGCUGGAAUCCCGACAGCCGACAAUGCACAACACCCAUAGAGUGGUAAUAGAACCUGUAGCAAGCCACCGAGCCCACAAGGGGACUCUUUGUACUCGCCCCGCUGCCGGCAUUCUGUCGGGCAGGAUGCCGCUCUCAGGAUAUUGACGUCCAGCAUCCCAUCCGCCGGGAAUAUGUAUAUAUUUCACGUUAUUAUUUAUUUAUGUAUUUUGUAAUAACUACAGCUGGGCAUACACUAUACAAUUAUCUAGCAGAUCAUCUACCAGAUCUGGCUGGUUGGAAUGACAAUCUGGUAAUGGAUGAGAGCAAAUGACCCAGCUAUACCGGUUGUCCAUUUGCCAGUGCUUGGACUUGACAUCAUCUCCAAGCACUGGUGACCCGGCUCUCCGCAUACUUUUAGCGCGACGCUGGUCGAAUAGCCUGGGUCACACUAUUGGUUCUGUGUUCGACCCUGGUUGUGUUACCUGGAUUCCUGGAUAAUACAACCCAGGUUGUCUUGGCAAUAUCCUGGGUCAGAGGAUUGCUGUGAAAGGUGGAUUUAUUUUAUUUAUUAAUUAUUACCAGUUAUUUAUACAGCGCACACAAUUAUUCUGCAGCGCUUUACAGAACAUAUAUGACAUUUCACAUCAGUCCCCCUACCCCAGUGGAGCUUACAAUCUAUAUUCCCUACCACAUGUAUACACACACACCCACACACAUUCACGCUUGGAUUUGUUUUGUUUGAAGCCAAGGAAAUUCACGCAAGCAAAAGGAGAAUAUACAAACUCCGCACAGUUAGGGUCAUGGUCAGAAUUGAACCCAUGACCUCAGUGCUGUGAGGCAGUAAUGCUAACCAUUACACCACCCGUGCUGUCCCAUGUGUGUGACUCUGCAUUUCCUGGGGAUGUAGUUAUGUGACCGGUGGUCAGGAGACUUACGGUCACAUAACAUCUCCCUACAUCCACCCACUCACUAUCCCGAUAGUCGGCAUGCCGACCAACAGGGACUAUUCCCACCCAUGGGUGUCCACGACACUCAUAGAGUAGGAAUAGAACCCGUGGCGACCGUAGGGGCUUGCUGCACUCGCCACCCGCCGCCGGGAUUUCGCUGCCGGGAUCCCAGCACACAUACCACACCCCAUUUCCUGUAAUUGUGUGAAGAAAUUAAGAAUUAAACAUGUUCCUAUAGAACUUCAAAAUGCGAUGAAAACAAAAAAUAUAUAUUUUAGAAAUUGCCUCCCAACAUCUGAAUUUGGAUGCUUAGUACAAUGAAUGUUCCCCCAGUAUAUUAUAUUAUAUUAUAGUGUAAUAAUUAGGCAGAUAUGCUGGUGAAAUGGUUCUAUCCAGCAAUGUUGUCUUUCUCAUUGCUGCCUGAUCUAUUGUGUGAUAAUCAUGUUAUUGUUGACUCAGUUGAUGACUGUUUCUGGGCCGAUUAAAUCAUGUUCAUGACAAAAGCAGAUCCAGAAGACUAUAAAGUUAUAAUUCAAUGUGUGUGAUAGUGAAACUAGGCAUUAUUGUAUGCUUCAGUCUCAUGAAACCUUGUUUGUUCAUCCUACAAAAUGCUGCCUUCACUUGUAAGUGCUGUCAGUAGAUGUGUACUGUAUACAUGCAUGUGAAUAGUACAUAUACAUAAAAUCAGUCUAAUGCAAGGAUGGUGUGGUCCUAUAGAAUGCACUGAUACAUGAUACAGGCAUAAAAUAUAGAGCAUUUCUGCCAGAAUAUUAAACAAAGUUAUAAAUACAAACAAUACUGUGAAACACAGUCCCCUAGUACAGAAGAGUGUCAGUAAACUGAAAGUCAAAACAAAGGCCAGCGGCUGCAGACUAUGACGUGAAUGUGUUUUUAUUAGAGAAGUAUGAGAUACAGUUACGGUAUAAAAGUAAAAGACUCCUUUUUUAAACAUUUUUAUUUUCAAUUCUCCCACAACAACAGUCUUGUGGCAGUAAUGUCUGAGUCACCAGCUGUGGGUUUGGCUAAGAAUAACUGGCUGAAGGCAGAACAGAACUGAGAUGUCUGUAGUGUGUGUUGAAAAACUAAAAGCUCUCCAUUUCCUACCAUCUAUAUGUGGUUCAGCAGCAGACAUGGACUUACAUGCGUAGUUGCUGUCUCAAGAACCAUAUUCUAAAAAAAAAAUUCUGCUUUUAUGUUUGUUAUUACAUUUUGCAUGAAGUGACAAUGGGGUCUAUUUUACUAAGCCUCAGAUGUAGAUAAAGUACCAGCCAAUCAGCUCCAGUCUGCCAUGUCACAUGCUGGGUUUGAAAAAUACCAGUUAGGAGCUGAUUGGGUGUUACUUUAUCUCCUUCCACUUUAUUUUAUCUCCAAUGCUUAGUAAAUAGAACCCAAUGUUGUUAGUGUGCUCAUGGGCCCAGGACAGGCGAAACACCCACCUGACUAUAAACACCCACCCGACUAUACACAUUCUCUGUUGCUACCUUUUCACAAAGCAAGAUAUGUUUACAAGUCAUAACCCACUUGGUGCAUUGGUGAAGCUCUCCCCUCUGUACGGAAACCAGGCUGUCAGUGACGGAAAUACCCAUUAUUAUUAACUUUUAUUUCUAUGGUGCCACAAGGGUAGUGUCAUACAUGGGCAAAUAACAUACAGGAUUGCAUGGGUAAACACUCAGCAGUGACGUGC